AAAAAGGAUAAAAUAUCAGUGACAGGCACACAAUCCAUAGCAGAGUUUGAUAAAUAUUUCAUUAAAAAUUUCUUAAAUUCCAUACAACAAUUUAAGAAUGGAAAAUUGUCGAUAUUUGGUGUUCGAGCUGCUUUAUGGAGCUGCGGUUCUGACUACAAUCACUGCUGCUCCUGAUAUCUUGAUGAAACUUAAGCUAAAUUAUCGCCUAGUUUCCAAUAUUUCAUUUAGUUACCCGAAUAUAUGGUUAACUAUGUUCCAGGCCCUGUUGCUCACCGCCUUGACCAUGUUGCCAAGAGUGGUGAGCCUGCCAAACUGCCUAACCAGACGUCGUUUCUUCAACUUCCUGCCCAUGGCUCCCUGGAUAUUGAUUUGCUGUUUCAAAUUUCUCAAGAAUGUUAGCAUGCAUCUGAUUGCCAUUGGAUAUUUAGAGCAAUACAACGACUCAACGUCCUUGAUCAUGGCCCUGAUCAUUUACUGCAUUAUCUUUGGAUUAGCCGCUGAAAUGAUGCUGCACUGGAUUGCCAUUGCCAACAUGAAUCGCCGUGGAUACGUCUUGGAGAUUGUUUCCGAGCUAAAUUUUUCAGAUAGAUUUUUGUAAUGUUACAUCUCUGUCUACUUUUUUUGGAAAAUAAUUGAAGCCAGUCGAAGCCAGGACUAAUUUUGGAACGCUUAAUAAAAUGAUACAUAAAACUACAACCUAAA